UGAGUGGGCUAUUUGCUGGACUACUGAGGACUCGCCGGGCUCUCUCUCACAGAGUCGGUGUGAUGAGCCAACAACGUUAUAACAUCAGCAGCAAACCACCUAAAGACAACAUCGGUCCGGGGGUAGGUUGUUUACACAUGAGCAGUCCAUGUUCGUGCUGGCUGUGAUGGCUGUGACCAUCCUCGGACCUUCAGGGUGGAUACUUUCUCACCUGGAUGAAUAUAAAUCCCAUGGCUGAUGAUGGACCAGGCCCUGAACGCAUCUUUUACACCUGUUAAACAGCUGCUGUUUUUUACAUUUCGUUGACAUAAUAAACUUGAGUUUCUCAUAAUGUAACUUGUUUGUAUUGUUUUGGUGCAGUUCAGCCUCCAUACCAGUAGGUGUCAGGAGCUGAAUGCGGAAGUGAAACCUCUCUCUCUUUGCUUAUAAACAAGGCAUCCAUAGCUGUGUGAAAUCCUGUGAUCCGUAGAGAGUUUUUAUUUAAUACCAUAUCGCAGCACAGAGAGCUAAAAGUGCCUUUGAACGCACCAUGAAGCCGCAGCUGGCUAAGAAGCGUCCUAAAGCAGCAUCAGCCGGAGGAGACGAGUCUGCUGCUGCGUGUCUGCAGGAGGAGCUGUCUGCAGCGAUACACGGAGCCUUUGAGGUGGCCGUGGAGAUCGCAGUUCGAGAGGUGACGAAGCUGGUGGGUCAGGCGACAGCAGACGUCUGUGAGGAGAUGCGACGAGAGAACCAGUCCCUCAAACAAAGACUGCAGAGAGCUGAAGCUCUGCUGGAGGAAAGAGGAGGUGGCGGUGGGUCUCCUUCUCCUCCUGCAAAGAAACUCCUGAAUGCAACCGACCGUGCAGAUCACCCUAGUAUAUACAAUCCCAAAAUCCCAAAGCCCCAAAUAAGCAAAGUGCACAUCAGUGUCACGGGGGUCAGAGGUGACUCUCCUCCUCCUGCAGGUCACAGCCGUGCACUGCAGCCUCCUGAUGACCAGCAACGUCAACAUGUGGAGCAGAUGUGUGAUGUGAAGACUCAGCAUGGCAGUGAUGCUGCUUCAGAGAGUGAUGGAGAUGAUGGGUGUGCUGUUGCCUUCACUAAAGAAGAAGUCAGCGAAGGGAUCUCCCGUAUGUGUGUGGUGAGGGUAGAACGCAUCAACCAGCCAUGUCAACAACUGGCAGCUCAAGACCGCAACUCGCCACCACUUCCCAGUACAGUAAAGCAGGAGGAAGAGGAUUCAGCUUGUUAUUUGGACUCUAUCAAAGUGGAGGAUUUCAGCCCGGACUGUAUGUCAGCGGUCCAGUCCAAAAUGCUGGAGGAGUGGAAGCCAGAAGCGCUGGAUAUGCAGAUCCAAGACUCAGAUGCUGCUCUGUCCUGCACCACCAGGCUGGCUCAGGAGUUCCCAAACAUCUUCCAGCUGGCAGAACCAGCUCCCAUCCCAGAGGCCCCCCCACAGGUUCAGGAAGCCCACGUGCGGACCAGCCGCAACCUCGGACACACCUUCGCCAACCUCUACACCUGUAAGUCCUGCAACCAGACCUUCAACCUGCCCAGCCUGCUGCGGCGCCACUACGGCCAGUGCCAGCAGAGGCUCCAGCAGUAUGGCCAGCAGCCCGUAGAUGGGAGCAAGAGGACCAGACUGCAGCUUUACCCGCCGGGCUGCAGCCCUUUCCGCUGCACCGAGUGCAACCGAGAGUUCAACCGCAUGGAGAACCUCAAGACUCACUUUCGCAUCCACACGGGAGAGAGGCCGUACACCUGCGCCGUCUGCUCCAAGUGUUUCCGUCACUCAGGGGCGUUGACCAGGCACUUCCGCAUCCACACGGGAGAGAAGCCUUACAUCUGCGGACAGUGUGGGAAGUCCUUCACAAACUGUGGGGGGCUUAAAUUCCACCAGCGUUCACACUGCAAGCAGCUACAGUAGCUACACAUUGUUUUUUUAAUAUGAGGUGGAAACUGCUGAUAUGCAAUGCCCAAUAUGUUUAAACUAGGGCUGUCAAUCAAUUAAAAUAUUUAAUUAGAAUGAAUUGCAUUAUUGUCAAUCAUUAAUCGCUAUGAAUCCCAAAUUAAUUAAUUAAUUUACCUGUUCAAAAUGUACCUUAAAGGGAGAUUUGUCAAGUAUUUAACACUCUUAUCAACAUGGGAGUGGGCAAAUAUGCUUG